AUGCUUGUUCGGCACGGUGUGAAGGACUUCUUUGGCUAUCCUGGCGAGACCAUCCUCCCCGUCCUCAACGCCCUAGACGCAUCGAAACAGCUCCGGCGAAUUAUACCGCAACAUGAGCAGGGAGCCGGACACAUGGCCCAGGGAUACGCCAGAGUGACGGGAAAGCCAGGCAUUGCUGUCGUCACGAAUGGAUAUGGGGCUACGAAUAUGAUUACGCCAUUGAUGGAUGCCUUGGCAGAUGGGACCCCCAUGGUCGUGUUUUGUGGGCAGGUCCCAACGCACCUGGAGAGCUCGGAGCAACAAGCCAAUAUCCUCGCGAUGACUCAACCCUGCACGAAAUGGAAUGUCAGCGUGAGAGAUGUCUCAGAGCUGCCGCGACGUAUCACCGAGGCGUUCCAUAUCGCGACGAGUGGUCGCCCGGGGCCGGUGUUGAUUGAGCUGCCGUUAGAUAUCUCAACCGGAAAACUGGAAACACCUCUGCCAAUCACAACCGUCAAUGUGGGUGUUUCAACUCGCGUGGAGGAUACGUUCCGUGAGGUUCGCAGGAUUCAAAUCAUGGAUACGAUUAAGCGGGCCGGGAACCUUAUUAACAUGGCCAAGAAUCCCGUUCUUUACGUGGGAUAUGGUGUGCUGGGAUCACCCCAUGGACCAAAGCUACUGAAAGAACUGUCCGAUAAGGCCUCGAUCCCUGUCACCACAAGUCUCCAGGGACUAGGAGCAUUCGAUGAAACGGACCCGAAAUCUCUCCAUCUGCUCGGAUUGCAUGGCUCUGGCUACGCAAACAUGGCCAUGCAGCAUGCCGACCUGAUUAUUUGUCUUGGUGCACGAUUCGAUGACCGUGUGACCGGAAGUAUUCCAAAGUUUGCGCCCGAGGCCCGACGGGCUGAGCAGCGAGGCCGGGGUGGAAUUAUUCAUUUCGAUAUCUCGCCGAAGAAUAUCAAUAAAGUCGUUGAGGCUACUGUAGCGGUGGAGGGCGACUGCGCGGAGAACCUCGAGUUGUUACUUCCGCUUAUCCAACCGGCCCAGCGGCCUGAGUGGCAUUCAAAAAUUGAUGAAUGGAAGGCUAAAUAUCCAUUCCAAGCGUUCGAACAAGGUCGAAAAAACAGCGGUUUAAUUAAGCCCCAAAAGGUCAUCGAGGAGUUGAACGAUUUGAUCGACCCAAUCAAAGACCGCACGAUCAUUACGACGGGUGUAGGGCAACAUCAAAUGUGGACCGCACAGCAUUUUCGAUGGAAAUAUCCCCGGACAUUGGUCACAUCCGGAGGCCUGGGAACGAUGGGAUUCGGACUGCCAGCUGCAAUCGGAGCGAAGGUCGGCAGGCCAGACGCUCUCGUCAUCGACAUCGACGGAGACGCGUCUUUCAGUAUGACUCUAAGCGAGCUGCUCACAGCUAGCCGAUCGAAUAUCGAUGUGAAAGCAAUUAUUCUCAAUAACGAGGAGCAGGGUAUGGUGACCAAUAUUCAGACACUCCAUUACGAGCGUCGAUUCGCGCACAGUCACAAUAAGAACCCGGAUUUUGUUCGAACAGCUCAAGCGAUGGGCGUUCAAGCCGAGAAAUGCACGGAGCCUGCUGAUGUCAAAAGCAAUUUGAACUGGCUGUUGGAAACUCGCGGACCUGCGGUCCUAGAGAUUAUGGUCACAAAAAAGGCGCUAACUCUACCUAUGGUCCCUGCUGGGAAGGGACUUGAUGAGUUCUUGUUCUAUGAAGAUGGAUCAGAUUUUUGA